AUUGGCUGCUGGAAGGGGAAUCUGUAGGAAACAAACACAAGCAGUCGAGACCCGUCACAACAUCAACAGAAAAGUCCGUCCUCAGAGGACGAGGGACAUACAGUGGCAUUAUGGCAGAUGGAGAGGGCUCAUCCUCUCUCAGACACGGCUCAGAGGACUUGGAUCCAGGGGAAGAUCAGAGAGACCCCCCCUGCUCGCCUUCCUCUAGCGAGGGACAGACUGACCCCAGCACAGCACCCAAAGAGACCCCGCCCACCUCUGAGGCAGGCGAGGGGCGUGAGAGCACUCCUGUCCCCGAGGAAGAGGAGGAUGAAGAGGACACAGACAGCAUGGACGGCAGCGGGCUCUACUCCCUGACGGAGGAGGGGGAGAGGGGGAGCGAGGGAGGGAGAGGAGGAGAGAGGCAGAGGAGAGCGAAGGAGAGCGAGGGGAGGAAGAGGAGGCGGGAGCGGGAGAGGCCGGGCGGGGGAACGACACGCGGCUCCUCCAGCUCAGAUGAGGAUGAGGAGGAGGAGGAAGAGGAGGAGCUGGACGAGGAGGAGGAUGAGCAGGCGAUGGAGGCGUGGCUGGGGGCGGAGCUGCGGGAGCUGGCCGUGCCGUCCUGGCGGGCGGUGCCGUCGCUGCGGGCGCGGGAGAUCGGGCGGGGUGCUCAGUUUGUGAAGCGGGUGUGCGGCGCCAGGGGCCUGGUGCAGCGGCUGGAGCUGCAGGCCAGGCUGGAGAGGCACACGGGCUGCGUCAACACCCUGCACUUCAACCCCUCGGGCACGCGCCUGGCCUCCGGCAGCGACGACCUCAGGGUGGUGAUCUGGGACUGGGCCCGCCGCAGGGCCGAGCUGGAGUUCGACAGCGGACACAAGAGCAACGUCUUUCAGGCUAAGUUCCUGCCCCACAGCGGCGACUCCACGCUGGCCAUGUGUGCGCGGGACGGCCAGAUCCGAGUGGCUGAGCUCUCCGCCACUCAGCGCUGCAAGAACACCAAGAGGGUGGCCCAGCACAAGGGCGCCGCCCACAAGCUGGCCCUGGAGCCGGACUCUCCCUGCUCCUUCCUCUCUGCUGGGGAGGACGCUGUGGUGUUCGGCAUCGACCUGCGGCUCGACCGGCCUGCCACCAAGCUGGUGGUGGUGAAGGAGGGCGAUAAGAAGGUGGGCCUCUACACCAUCUUUGUGAACCCGGCCAACACGCACCACUUUGCUGUGGGCGGGAGAGACCAGUAUGUCAGGAUUUAUGACCAGAGGAAGAUCAAUGAGAAUGAUAACAAUGGGGUGCUGAAGAAGUUCUGUCCAUCUCACCUGGUGUCCAGUGAGUCCAAGACCAACAUCACCUGCCUGGUGUACAGCCACGACGGCACAGAGCUGCUGGCCAGUUACAAUGAUGAGGACAUCUACCUGUUCAACUCCCAGCACAGCGAUGGAGCCGACUACUGCAGGAGAUACAAGGGCCACCGCAACAACGCCACAGUGAAGGGGGUGAACUUUUUCGGGCCCUGCAGUGAGUUUGUGGUGAGCGGCAGUGACUGUGGACACAUCUACCUGUGGGACAAGCAGUCUGCCCGCGUGGUGCAGUACAUGGAAGGAGACAAAGGAGGAGUGGUGAACUGUCUGGAGCCCCACCCUCACCUCCCAGGCCUGGCCACCAGCGGUCUGGAUCAUGAUGUUAAACUGUGGGCCCCCACUGCAGAGACCCCCACAUCACUGAAGGGCCUGAAGGAGGUGAUGAAGAAGAACAAGCGUGAGCGUGAUGAAGACAGCGUGCGGCAUGGUGAUCAGUACGACACCCAGCUGCUCUGGUUCCUCAUGCGGCACAUGAGACACAGAAGACCUCAGAGGACUCGGCGGGGUGAAGCGGGGGCUGGUGACGGGGACACCGACGAGUCGUGGAGUUCGGCCGACUCCUCAGAUGAAGAGGAAACGGGAGCUGACCACGUGCAGUGCAUGUCCUCCUGAGCACUGCAGCACAGCCAGGGACGGACAGACAGACACACUGACCCUCUCACACACACACACACACAC